AUGUAACAUUGUAGCGUGUAAACUCUACGUGUGCCAUUUGUGACCCGACUAACCCAUUUGCCAGGUUUCGGCUGAACAUUCCGGCACCGGCGACGUACGCAUCGAUCCUCUCCGCCGCCGGCUCUCAACUCGUUAGGCCAGCAGUCACCAUCUUGAAGCUUCUCUUCUUAGUCUCUUCUUAUUUCAAUUUAGUACACGAUAUUUCUUAAUUCUCCAUCUUCAUGGAGUCUCAGCUAGAGCUAGGGUUUAAGGAAGCAACAAGCAGUGAGAUUUUUGGAGAAGGAAACUAUAAGUUGGUGCCAUGGAUAAGUUGGGAUGAUUGGAGUUUCGUGAGAGAAUCUCUGUUUUCUUCUUCCCCAGCCUCCAUGGAUUUGGCUCUUAGAAGAAUAUCUGCCUGGCGAAGCAGAGGAUGCCUUCCUAUAAUAAUUGAAGUGACUGCUUCCAUUGUUGAAAUCCAACAAAAGGAUUCUUACUUUAGGGAUGGCCUACCUGAAAGUGAUUUACUAGCAGAUGAUAUGUUGACAAUGUUAUAUUGUAUGACCAUGAUAAGGUUAGUGAAUGGUAUUGUGGAGAAGACUCGGAAGAAGAAUGAGGUUUCAAUUGGAGAGGCUGCUGAUGUAAUUGGCAUUCCUCGUAUGCUCAUUGAUAUUCGUCAUGAGUGUUCACAUCGUGAUCUUCCUUCACUAAGGCUUGUUCGCCUUGCAUCUACAAAGGCACUUGAUUGGUUGAAAGCUUAUUAUUGGGAGCCCCAAAAGAUGGCAAUUCCAUAUCCAAAUGAUAGAAACACAAACUUUGGAAAAGAAAUAAAGUCUAAGAUACGCGAAUUGGCCUUCUGUUUGGAUGUGAAGCAAGCUACAAAAUCAUCUUCUCCUGUAGUUAAAGGGAAACGCAUCAAAUAUAGUGAGCAUCUAUGCGGGCGUAAUAAGUUUCUGUCACUUAUGGCUGUCAAGAUUCAAUCUUCUAAACCUUCAGGUUCUAAGAAACAUAUAACCAAGGCACUGAAGAAUGUUAUCAAGUUAUAUUCUUCCUUCCCUUCAGAAGUGGUGUCUAUUUUGUUGGAGUUCUUGCUGAAGGCACUGGAAUCUGCUGAUGUGGCACUUGAUGAUUGGAAGCCUCUAAUUAUGAAGUUGUCAAAUAAAGUACCUGAGAUGCUUCUAAGUCUUCUCAAAGCAAAUCUUCAAAUGAUUGAGACCCGAGAUGCUCUAACACAUGACUCAGGCGAACACCUAAAACCAGACAACAAAUCUCGAUUCCAUGAAACCGAGAAUCUUUCCCGUUUAUUCUCAUGGCUUAUCGGAAACCUCAAAGAUCUAAACAAUUCUCUCCGGAAACUCACGUUUCUAGAAACUUCCGGAACCUCAAAAGACAAAAGUCUCCCAAAGUCCGCUCUCAUGGAUCUCCUAUGCAAAUGUCUCCUUGUCCCUUCACUCGGCAACACCCACCUAACAACCGCCACCUCGAUUCUCGCACAAACCACCGCCAACCACACAUUAAUUGAAAAACUCAAAAAAUUAGCAUCCCUACAUACAUCAAACACCGGAAUUACGUAUUCCGAUUCCGGCCACUUUUACGACCAGGAAGAGGAAUCCAUUCGUGAAGCCGCUAAUAAGUUUGAGUUGAUUAAACGGAAAUUAUCACGGAAAAAUGAAUUGAAAAUCGGGGAGAAUGGAAAGAAGGGUGGAAGAUGGAAUGUGGUGAAAUCAUGGAGGCCGUGUCCGAUUGGGAUGUUGCCUUCGGAUUUUGGUUCUUCGGGUGUUGUUCCGGUUCUUGAGAUUGUUGGUGGUUGUGAAGAACAGGGGAAGUUAGUGGAAUGGAAUGAGAAAGGGGGAGAUGGAAAGAGGGAAGCCGAUUGUUCGGUUGGAGAUUUGGAUGAUUCCGUUGUUAAGAAAGUUAAAAUGAGUGAAGCAGAUGAUGAUGAUGGAGUUGGAGUUUUGGGAGGUGUAGAGAACCAAUUGAUGAUUGGUGGAGUGUGGAAGAGGGUUACACAUGAUGAAGUGGUUAACAUUGCUUCUGCUGUUAGGAUUUUGGUUUAGUGUAAACAAAUUUUGGUUUUGUUUGUGUAAUAAUAUUUUUGAAUGUUUGGUGGAAAAGAAUAGGAUUUUGGCUUGGUGUUUAACAUAAUCAUGGAAUCAGUUUUGGUCACAAAAGAAGGUUUUGGAUGAUAAGUAUUUAAAAUCAGAUUAUUAUCCGUGAUAACGGUUUGUAGGAGAU